GGCCAGCCGCGGGCGGCGGCGGCGCGCAUUGGCGUAGAGAGUAUCGGGUCAUGGUGGUGGUGGCAGCCGCGCAGAGCCCGGCCGCUGGGGCCCCCAAAGUGCUGCUGCUGUCCGGCAAGCCUGCCGCUGCCGCCGCCGCCCCGGCCGGCCGGGCUCUGCCGCUCAUGGUGCCGGGCCAGCGAGGGUCCAGCCCGGAGGCGGCGAGCGGGGGGCCGCCCCAGGCGCGCAAGCGACAGCGCCUCACGCACCUGAGCCCCGAGGAGAAGGCACUGCGGAGGAAACUGAAAAACAGAGUAGCAGCUCAGACUGCUAGAGACAGAAAGAAAGCUCGAAUGAGUGAGCUGGAACAACAAGUGGUAGAUUUGGAAGAAGAGAACCAAAAACUUUUGCUAGAAAAUCAGCUUUUACGAGAGAAAACUCAUGGCCUUGUAGUUGAGAACCAGGAGUUGAGACAGCGGUUGGGGAUGGAUGCCCUGCUUACUGAAGAGGAGGCAGAGACCAAGGGAAAUGGAGCGAGGCCAGUGGCCGGGUCUGCUGAGCGCAGCACUCAGACUACGUGCACCUCUGCAGCAGGUGCAGGCCCAGUUGUCACCCCUCCAGAACAUCUCCCCAUGGAUUCUGACAGUAUUGACUCUUCAGACUCUGAGUCUGAUAUCCUGUUGGGCAUUCUGUUCAACUUGGACCCAGUCAUGUUCUUCAGAUGUCCUUCCCCAGAGUCUGCCAGCCUGGAGCAGCUCCCAGAGGUCUACCCAGAAGGACCCAGUUACUUACCGGCCCCCCCUUCUCCAUCACUGGGGACGUCAUCAGCCAAGCUGGAAGCCAUUAAUGAACUGAUUCGUUUUGACCAUGUAUAUACCAAGCCCCUAGUUUUAGAGCUACCCUCUGAGACAGAGAGCCAAGCUAAUGUGGUAGUGAAAAUUGAGGAAGCACCUGUCAGCCCCUCAGAGAAGGAUCACCCUGAAUUCACUGUCUCAGUGAAGGAAGAACUUGUAGAAGAUGACUUCAGUACAGAGCUGGGUAUCCCAGAUCUACUUUCAUCCAGCCACUGCCUAAAGCCAGCUUCCUGCCUACUGGAUGCUUACAGUGACUGUAGGUAUGAGGGCUUCCCUUCUCCCCUCAGUGACAUGUCCUCUUUGCUUGGUGUAGACCAUUCUUGGGAGGACACAUUUGCCAAUGAACUCUUUCCCCAGCUGAUUAGUGUCUAAGGGGUGCUCCAAUACUGUUGCCCUUUUCCUUGACUUUUACACUGCCUGGAGGAUAGUAGACAAGGUUGUCUGUGCUUCACUCAGAAAGCCAAAGUAGAGGGUGUACAGUGCUAGAGAAUUCCUCUGAAGUAUUUGUUCAAACCUCAUAGGUCACCCUAAGUAUUCUUUAGACAUCUAGCAGUUGAAGGUACUCAGAUGUAUUAUUACAAUGCAGAAUUACAGCUUUUGAGGUUGUACCUUUAAGGGCAUAAUAUGCCCUAAAAUACUUAUGCAAGGGUCACUUGACAGUGUCUCAUGGUCCUUUAUCAUUUUUCUUCUUGACAUCCCAGGCUUACCUGAUUUUAGGUCCUUUAGUUUGCUUCUGCAAGCAGAGAUACCUAUCUGAGGUGGCUCCUUUUCCCUCAUGUAUAGUCCAAGUAAAGAUCAAGAAUCUUGUAAGAUUAUAGAAAUUUACUAUGUAAAUGCUUGAUGGAAUCUUUCCCUGCUAGUGUAACUUUUGGAAGGUGCUUUCUCCAUUUAUUUAAAACUACCUGUGCAAUUAAAAAGUGCAAUGCA